AUGGAUCUGCCAUGGUGGCUUAGCAUUUUUAACCUGUUCGUGUUUCCGUUCAUCUCAACCCAUGGAUACUCUCGUUUGACGGACAUGAAAUGUAAGGUAUUAAAUCGGACUAAAUUUGAUAUCUCGCACUGUUCCCUAACGAAUCUGGGCCAUGGUAAUGUUAGUGCCAAUGUGCAUUUGAAUGUCCAUCAGCCACCAGAUAAGAACUGGAUGGUUAGCUAUGGCAUCUGGAGAGAUCAAGGCGGUUAUAAGCCAUUUUUCCAUAAUAUUUCACUGGACUUUUGCCGCUUCUUGCAGAAUCCGAGUCGGUUACAGCUUUACUACUCAUUUCAUAAGGCAAUUCUGCCCUUUUCCAACUUGAAUCACUCCUGCCCCUACACUCACGAUAUCAUUGUGAAGGAUUUAUUGUUGGAGGACAAGAUGUUUUCAGUUAUACCGAUACCCAAAGGUAGCUAUAUGUUUAACCUGAGGUUGGGCAGCAAUUCCGUCUGGGCGCUUGAUCUACGAUUUUACGUUGAUCUCGAUAUGACGCGCUUCCAGUGCGCUGCGAACCGUGGUCAAUCGCCCGACGGCGCAUCGCGUGUGGGUUCAACCGAUAGCAAUCAAAUGCGCAGCUAA